AUGUCAGCUUCGAUAAAUAAUGAAGAGAGAGAAAAUAAUCUUGAUGGAAGUAUCAAUUAUGAUGAAAUUGAAGAAUUAAUAUCUAAUCAAGAUGAAAAUUCUGAUGAAAUCAAUACAGAAAGUAAAAUUACAAUAAAUUCAAUAAGAACAUCGAACGAAAGACCAGUGUCACAGCAUCAUCGUUCAUCAGCUUGUAUCACACAAGUACAAAAUAUAAGUCUGUCUCUAGAAAAAUCCUUAGUAAAUGUCGAAGAAAAUUCUGGGAACGAAACUAUUAGUAAUAAAUCAAAUAUAUCUCUGUCAAAUGUUAAAACAUCAAAUAUACCUGGUCCUGUGGGUCUCCUUCCGAUAUUGAAAACGAAUGAAGACUUACGCCGCUUAAAAGAAGAUAAAACAGCUCGUGAUACACUACUUACUAAUGAAGAAAAUAUUAAUGUUAAGCGACCCAAAACAUCAUCUGAUCUCUUCAGUUUGAAUAUUCACAACUAUCCGUCAUACGGGAUAGCUCUUAGACAAUUAAAAGAAUCAUUUAGUUGUGAGCCAAUCAAUAUACAUACAGCCCUUGUCAAAGCUCGUCUUGGUAUUAAAAAAAAGAUUCCGCUUAUGUGUGCAGCAGUAACACACUAUGAUCGACAAGAAAAUACUAUUCUAUUAGAUAAAUCAGCUCAUAUUCGAGCUACAUUCAUUGGUGACGAUGAAGUAUUAGAUAAUUUUAAUAUUCGUGUUGGUCAUACGCUUGUUUUAAGAAAUGUAGCAGUAUUUACAUCGACUCGUCAUAGACAUCAUUAUGUCAAUAUUCAUUUACAAAAUAUAAUUGCAAUACAAGAUCCAUUAAAUGAUUCCUUUAGUAUGCCAUUAGUGAGUGAACAAAGUCAACAACAAAAUAUGGCUAAAUCAAUAUUACAUGCAAUUGAAAAUGAAAUAUCAGCUUAUGGCGAUUCAUCAAAAACGAAUAAUGAAACUUUCCAUAUAUUUUCACAAUUCGAUAAUGAUGAUGAUGAUAAUGAACAACCACCAGUCAAAAAAAUGGUUACAAAUUCAAAAUCCUCAAAUAAUGCAGCUUUCAAUCGUAUUAAAACAAGCGUAGCAACAUCGUCUGGAAAUAAAUUUAAAGAAACUAUUGUUGAAAAACCACAACCAACCUUUAAGCCUUCUAUUCAAGUGCAAAAACCAUCGACAUCUACUCUUAAUAAACAUGUACCUACUGUAGUUACAAUAACCCCACCAUCAUCUAUGGCCGAAGCUGAUCUAAUUCAAAUGAUUGAGAAACCUAUUGACAUAGAUAUAAAUUCAGAAGAUUUCGCUAACGAUGAAUUCUUUUCAAUAUGGUAG